ACCCUCGUUAUCCUCUACCUGUCUUGCGUCGACCGUGGAAGAAGACUGUGUUUAGUACACAUACCGUUAAAGAAGACUGUGUUAGUACACAAGCAUAGUACAUUUAAGUAAGGUUUGCGGCGACACCAUGUAAAAAUCUCUUUUGUGAGUAGUAGUGGUUCUGAGAAGAGCCGGUUUCCUGCUUGGCGAUUCAAUCUGUGUGCUCUGACUGUUUUCUACAUGUGAGGUAUGCAAUAAAACUGUGUGAUAGUCUUUCUUCAGUUGUUGGAGUAGUGCUGCCUCAAAAGAGACAAAGUUGUCUUCGUUUUUCCACCAGCGUGCAUUGAUCAACUUCUCAGUCUGUAGAGUUGUUGCAUUGUCCGGAUUUUGGGGGAAAACUUGGAUAAAAAGGAUUGGUCACCCUCGUUUUAUCCUCUUCCUGUCUUGCAUCAACCGUGGAAAAAGAGUUUAUUAGUAUGUAGGGUUUAAACACUGUAAGUACUGUUUGCGGCGACACCAUGUUAAAAUCGAAGGAAUGUAUCCUGUGUUGUGUGGAAAAGUGUGUUGGCCUGUGGAGCUAAUUGCAAAUCCCUUACAACGGAUGUCCCAUCUUCUUAUGAUGGUUAAGAUUGGAUUGGAGGGUUGUUCUUGUGUAGUGUAGAAUAUCUUAAUCAAAAUACAUACGUAGUUGAAGACGUGUCUUUUUUCAUUUAAAAACUUGGAUUGCCUGUGUCAUUUGGAAAGGGCAGUUUUUCCUUUGUACAUGUUGUAGAGAGAAUGACGGUUUUCCGUUGGUAAGGGUUAGGCAUUUUUCUUUUGCAAAGGGCAAGGAAGUUUUCCUUUGUAAAAGGCCAGGCAUUUUUUCUUUAAAUACCAGCAGAUGAAGGAGCUUGCUUCAUAUUAGCAAAAUGAUCAGCGUCUGUGUACAAAUAUUGUGAGUUACAUUAUAAUACAGUGUACAAACAUAUCUGCUUAUCAAGUACUCAUUUCCUGCUAUUGAGUUUACUACUGGAGUACCAUUUUCGGGGCACUUGAUAGGCGGACGCCACAGCACCAGUUGCUCAGCUAUCUCCUGGGUCUCUUAGACGAUGUUAUUGACCCCACCGGUCUGGGGCAUUAGUAACUGCUAUUGACCACUGGAUUUAUACAGCAUACAACCAGCACGGAUAAGUUGUCUUCAAAAACACAUCUCUUGCUUUUGACUGGUGCUAUUGACUUUAGGAGUAUGCACUUUUGACUUUUACCACCAUUUGCCUUGGGCAUCAAUAACUAAUAUUGACCACUGGAUUAUGAUAGUAUACAACUAGCGCUGAUAAUUAUGUUGUCAUAAUCAUAAGUACAAUUUUCCUGCUAUUGACUGGUGCUAUUGAGGAGGGCUUUUGACCGGUGCUAUUGCCUGCCACUACCGACCAUUGGAUAAUUACUAUAAACAUGAUAAACUACUAGCACCGAUAAGUUUGAACAAGUGGAUGUAGUGUACAUCAUCUGCUAUUGACCAGUACUAUUGACCAACACUGAUAAGUUUCACCCUAGAUUACAAAUAAACAGUCGUAAGUCCACUGCUCUUACCCGGUGGUAUACAAAACUGGAUAUUAUUGACCACUGCUUUUGACCGCUCCUUUUGACCACUGCUAUUGACCACUGCAAUGUUACAGAGGCUGAAGAUUGAGGGAACCCCAAGAGGGCGCUCUAAAAGUCACGCAGGUCAAGGGACUGACCAGGACCACGCUGAAUUAUUUGACAAGGACUCACUGCGCCCAACCUCCAAAUUCCAAGCUCCACGAAGUCGGUCUGAAGGGAAACUAAACACAACCGGAGAUGGCUACGGUACGACGACCGCCGCUCCGAGCAAACUCUCAAAGAGGGAAUCUCUUAAGGCUCAGAAGAAGAAUUACCGACGAGAGAAGAAACGAGUCACCAAGGAGCUGCUUAGCGCUCUUAAAGAUCCUUCCAUCAUUGUUAUGGCUGACCACCUUAAGGUCAGAGGAACGUUGAAAAGUUGGACCAAACUCUGGUGCGUCUUGAAACCAGGUCUUCUGAUAAUCUACAAAAGCCCUAAGCAUGGUCAGUGGGUCGGCACAAUCCUGCUCAACAACUGUGAGCUGAUCGAGAGACCCUCAAGAAAAGAUGGCUUCUGUUUCAAGAUCUACCACCCCCUCGACCAAUCCAUAUGGGCUACUCGGGGACCGAAAGGUGAGAACAUGGGUUCGAUCACCCAGCCACUCCCCAGCCAGUACCUCAUCUUCAGAGCGCCCUCGGAGGCCGCGGGGAAAUGCUGGAUGGACGCCCUGGAGCUGGCCCUCCGCUGCUCCAGCCUACUGAUGAGGUCAAUGAGGGACGGCACGACCCUUGACCCCACGGUCAUCUCGCAGUCUUUCAGCAAGGAGAGAGGACUGAACGAGAGCGAGAUUGAGAACACUCACUUCAAGCAUGAAGGUCUUGACGAUAUUUCUGCCGACAAUGAAAGCGAUAACGACCAAGACAGUAAGAGUGAUUCAGACCUUUCGGAACUUGAAGAAGUCGGGACGAUAGACAGCCCGACUCGCACUCAUAACGAGACGACGUACCAAGUCAAUAAAGCAGAGGAACUAGGACUUGAUUCUUCGCAGACAGAGACCCUUGAGGAUGAGAAUAAGGGUCUGAUCUGGAUGCUGGUCAAGCAGGUCCGGCCUGGAAUGGACCUCUCUAAAGUGGUGCUUCCAACGUUCAUUCUGGAGCCGCGAUCAUUCCUGGAUAAACUCUCUGAUUUCUACUAUCAUGCCGAUCUCUUGUCACAAUCACUUCUUGAGGAUGAUCCAUUCUCUCGGAUGAAGCAAGUCGUUCGUUGGUACCUGUCUGGUUUUUACAAAAAACCAAAGGGUCUGAAGAAGCCCUACAACCCCAUCAUAGGGGAGGUCUUCAGGUGUCUGUGGACCCACCCUAAGACCAAGAGUCAAACAUUCUACAUCGCUGAACAGGUAUCCCAUCAUCCUCCAGUGACGGCCUUCUACAUCACGAAUCGUAAAGACGGCUUCUGCAUCAGCGGCAGUAUUCUUGCCAAGUCUAAGUUUUACGGCAACUCAGUGACGGCGGGGAUGGACGGGCUGGCCACGCUUUCGUUCCUGUCCCGGGGGGAAGACUACCACAUCACCAUGCCUUACGCCAACUGCAAGGGAAUUUUGUAUGGUACCCUGACAAUGGAGUAUGGAGGACGGAUUAGUAUUGAAUGCGACAAGACUGGGUACAAGACCGAGCUGGAGUUUAAACUGAAGCCAUUCCUUGGUGGCAGCGAUUCAUCCAAUCAGAUCGUGGGUAAGAUCAAGUUUGGCAAGGAAACACUCGCAACUCUGGAAGGCCAUUGGGAUGACAAAGUUUUUAUCAGAGACAAAAGGACUGGGAAUGCGGAGUUGUUCUGGGUGGUGUCACAGGAUGUUAAAGCAUCCAGGUUGCUGCGUUCCACCGUCGCCGUCGAGGAGCAGUCCGACAGGGAGUCAGAAAAGUUGUGGUCCCGAGUCACAGACUGUUUGGCCAGGGGAGAGAUCCAGGAAGCGACCAACGAGAAGUUCGUCCUGGAAGAGGAGCAACGGAAAGGCCACAAGGAGAGAAAGGUCAAGAUGGUAGAGUGGAUUCCACGUCUGUUUGAGAGAGACGAGAUCACUAGAGAUUGGGUCUAUAAACACAUGGACAACCGACCAUGGGAUCCGCUCAACGACAUCGAGCAGUUCGAGCACAACGGCAUCAUCCAGACUCGAACCCGUCACAAGACGUCCAUCCUCCGCACCACCAGCAUCAUCAGCCUCCCUCACAAGAACGGGCCCCUCGAGAAACGCUUAAAGCGUAACGCCUCCCUGCAGCACAAGAAGCUAUCGGGGUCGAAGCCCGUCAUUGCUGCGGCAAGCGGGAGCGGAGACAGUGAGUGCUCGACGCCGCAGGAGAAAGAUUCUGAUGAUGAGAUGACUGAAGACGAAUUCACUUCAGGGAAGACGGUUAAAGGCGGUGCAGCCUACCGAGGUGGAGUGUUACCCAUCGACCAAACAAUCCUCCCGAUGGUCGAGGGACAGAAGAGGAUAGAAGAAGAACUCAAAGCAAUCAACUCAAGGCUCGCCGUUAUGAUCAGACAGAGUCGACGGGAAGACGGCAGUGAAAGCGCCCUCUUGAGUCGAGAAAUGAUCAUCAUCGCCGCCGUGCUGCUACUCGGACAACUCAUUGUGGGGUUCUUGUUUCGCUCGUGACCUCCAACCUAGGAAUCAUCUCGUGACCUCCAACCUAGGAAUCAUCUCGUGACCUCCAACCUAGGAAUCAUCUCGUGAUAUGUUCAGUACUAGUGCCAUGUUGAUGUGUAACAUCAAAACUUUUCUGCAUGGAGCGUUGUUUAAAUCCUCCCCCUUCCUCACCUUAGCUCCGCCUUUAGCUCUAGCUCAUUCGGCCAUUUUUGUUUUAAGGACUCGGUCUAUCGGUUGCAGACCUGGGCCCAAUUUCAUAGAGCUGCUUAAGCAGAAAAUAUUGCUGAUCCCAGGGCCCUUUUCAAAAACAUGUACAGCACAAAACUUUGCAGGGAGCCAGCAGACAGCAAUGCACAUUUCCAUAGCAUUUUUGCCUGGUAACCUGAUGUCGCUCAGCAAUGUCUUCAGUGCCGAGGGAAUUUGUCUGGUAAACAAUCCUCUUCCAUCUGCUGACAUAUAACCGCACACACAAACUUGCAGGGAGCCAGUCAUGAUAGGUAGAUAGCUUAGUUAGUUAGUAGAGCGCCGGCACGUUAAUCCGGAGGUCAUUGGUACAAAUCUCACUCUAGUCAAUAUUUCUUUGUUCAACAUAAGAAUCUAUAUGUUUGAGAGGACUUUAAUAAUCGUAAAUCUAGGGCCGGAGUCUUAUUUGUUGCUUUCUUUCACCAGAGGCUGAGCGGAGAGACGAACAAUAUGCUGCUAUUCAGUAAAUGUGGCUUAGGAAGAAAUGUGCAUUAGUUAAAUCAUUGAUGCCAUCUUUAAUUGUAUUCAGCAGGGCGCCCUCGCUUGUUUUGCAUGACCUGAUGAAUGUGGUGUAACCACUGUUGUAUGUUUUUGUAUCUAAAGAUAAU